AUGUCACGUCAAGAGUCAUCUCCAUCUUCAUUAACACAAAUAUACAAAUCUAGUUCAUCAAUUUCUCUCUCACAAAAGUUUAAUGCCAGAUCUUCUGGCUCACCAUCUCGUUCAUUCCACAUGCCAAAUUCCCCGCUCAGUGUUGUAUUUCAUAUUCCAGAAAAUGAUAUUGACGAAAAUACAGAGUCAACAUUUUUUCAAACGUCAAGGAUAAAUGAAAAUGACGAUAAUAGAAUCCAUCAUAAUGAAAAACCUAUAUCAAGUUCUCGAAAACGUCAUACUCAGCGUCAUUCCGUAGGCCCGAUCGAACCUAAAUGUUCUUGUGCUUUUGAAAGCUGCGGACAAACAUUGGUCAAUAAGCUGAACGAACUUUCUCAAGGAAAUAAUUAUGUUAUUGUCAAAUGUACAAAACAUAAUGAUGGUGGAUCUGAAAAAAAGAAAUCAAAGUGGGGAUUAUUUAAGAAAUUUCCUGAAAUAUUUAAGAAAUUUAAAAGAGACAAGAAAGAAAUGGUAAUUUGUGGAACCGGCAAGCAUUCAGAAACAAUAACGGUUAAGAGUACAAUAGAUGGCAAGAAGAUGGUUGUGAAACGCAUUGAUAAGGAAAAAUUAACGCCAGCAGAAUAUUUCAUAAAUGCUCACGAGAAUAGCUGCAAAUGUAAGUCAUGCUGUGAACUUUUGCGAGCCGAAUCAACACAACAUAUACGACGUACGAGAUCCACACCUACAUCCACAUCAUCGUUGACUGCUCAUGUAAAACCCCGGUCAAGCUCUGUAUCGUCCGAUCCAUCACCUAUACCACAACAUAAAAAAGACAUUAAAUAUAGUGCACACAGAUCGGCGUCAUUACCAACCGAAAUUUCACCCAUGUCCGAAAAUGUUAUUGUUUUAGAUGUCCGCGAGUUGGCAAAUUCUCCUAGGGUUUCAAUAUCUAACAUAAACUACAGUAAUCCCCCAAACACUCCCAAUCAGCGAAAUUCUUCAAUGAUAGGUCAAAUGGGAGAGUCUUCAAAUUCAUUAUCAAUAUCAAUUAUAUCAUCACCUUCAUCACAAGGGAUGCCAUUGGAACUUAAGCUGUUAUCAGUACAUAGUACGGAUUUACCAAAACUUGUAAAAUAUCUUAGUGACGAAAGGUAUUAUUAUUACAUUACAAAAAUGCAUGGUGUUAAACAACGUAAAUGGAAAAAACCAAGAAGUUGGCAUUUAAAAAAAUAUUGUGACGUUCAUUGGGACGAAUAUUUAAAUUAG